CGCCAAGGAGGCCAUGGCUCAUCAGGCCUUGGACCAUAGCGAGAUCCUGAACGUGCGCUGGGCCACCGCCGAUCCGAACCCCAUGGCUCAGGCGCGCGAGGCGAGGCGUAUCGAGGAGCAGGCGGCUGAGGCCAUCCGGCGGGCCCUCCCUGAGGAGUUCGUCGCCGAGAUCGAGGGGAGGGAUCCCGAGGCCAGAAAGAGACGGAGGAUCGAGAGCAGCUACGGCCUGGACGGCUAUGAGGCUCCUGAUGAGGUGCAUUUCGCCCGCGGCGCGAAUGCUGUCAACCCAAGAGGGAGGGAAGGCUUUGACGAGCAAGGGGAGCUGGAGCGGGCGCAGCAGCUUAUGCUUGAGAGCGGUGAGGCGGAGGCGCAAGCUGUGGCGGACGAGACACAGCGGCAGCUUGAGGAGAACGGUAUAUUCUCGAGCAGGACAUUGGCUGCACUAAAUUCUGCGCAGGUGGUAGUGGCAUCCAAGGACAAGAAGAAAGCAUCGACAGGCCCGCUGGUUGCAUACGACAGCGAUGACGAUAGCGAAUAAGAAGCGCCUUCAUGGCAUCAAUGUUUGGUUUCAGAAGGCAUUCGAGGCCAGAGAGCAGUAGAAAGUAUUCAAUCUAAUACCACAUCUUAACUACACCC